CAAACCGCUCCUGUCUGAAUGUAUAACGUCUUCUACGCAUUGGCUAAAAUAUUACAGCACUCCAAACCUCUCUUUAAAAGUAACAUUAAAAUUACUUUAUUCUCACUGGACGGUUAUGUUUAACCUGAAAACACGUCGACGCGUGACAUAAUGUUGGCAGGCAGCUGACUCAUGGCCCAAAGCAUGACUCAACCUUUGUCAGGGGAUUAGUUCCAACAUGCCCACAGACCGGUCAUUCAUCAUCUGCUCUGCAGUCACAUAGUCCUGUCGAAGAUGGACACAGAAGAGUCAAGUGUCAGUGUUUCUACUCUAUUCAUGUUCUUGUUGUUGCUUUCCCCCAUCGUGUCUCUUGAAGGUGAGUUUGAUGUGGUCGGAUCACUUCAGCCUAUCCUGGCCGCUCCAGGUGAUGAUGUCAUCCUGCCGUGUCGCGUGGAGCCAAAGUUUAAUGUGGCGGGGUUGACGGUGGAGUGGUCGAGGCCCGAUCGUCGUCCUGACCCCAACGACCGUCUGAGUCGAGUGGAUUAUGUUCAUCUUUACAGAGACGCCCACGAGGUCCCUGACAUGAAGAUCCCAUCGUACGUCGGGAGGACGGCGUUGUUCACAGACGGCCUGAGAGAAGGAAACAUCUCACUAAGAAUCACUAAUGUGACACAAGAAGAUGAAGGAAGAUACAGAUGUUUCAUCCCAAAGUUAAAGAGUCAAACACAGUCUUCAAUUGUUCAUCUGAUUGUUGCUGAAACUAUGACAACAGAGACGCCACUGCAUCCUGAAACUCUCCAAACUCCUGAGGACGAGUUUCACAGUAAAGGUGGUUUGUCCCGUCGGAGCCGACUGAUCCCACUUGUGGUUUUCUGUGUUUUUAUUCUGUUCUGUGUCGCAGUCGCAGGACACCGGUUCACUGAGUUGAAGCAUUGAAAAACAGAAGUAUGACUUGCGAGUGCAGCUUUGUAGGUGGACGCAUUGGAAACAUUAACAGAGGCGCAAGCAUCACCCACUUUACUUGAACGUUAAUUAAAAGCAUUGAUUUUUCCAGCCUCAUGUGGACACAGCAGCUCUGCAGCAGGAGGAUUUCACUAUGUCCUGUAAUUUUCUUGGAGUCAACAACAACCAUCCUUUUUGCCAAAUUCGACUUCUGGGAUCAAACUUCAAAAGCGUGAGGACCUAAAAUUUUGAUGCCUUGCUCAUGGGCACAUUGGAAACAUUAAGAGAGGAGAAAGUGCCAACUUCUUACUUACUUUGAGAUGUUUCUUAUUUGUUUGAGGAGCCGAAGAACUUUUCCAGCCUCCUGUGGGCACAGUGGGCCUGCAGCAGGUGAAUUUCAUGACGUCCUGCAGUUUGUUUGGACCUGAAUUCUACCUUUAAUCCCUGUGAUGGUGCCUGAGAUUGUAUGACUGGUCUGUUGACUUCCAAAGGGUUUAACCACAGGUUGUACUGCAGCACUAAGACUGAAAUUGUUUUGUGAGACUUUGAUCAAAUCUUAAUAACCUCACAUAUAAAUUCUCUUGCAUGUGAGGUUAUUUACAAAGAAACACUUAAGUCUAAUUGGAUGUCCUUUCACGAGAACUAGAUCUGAAGUGCUUUAACUGUUGUUGCAUUUAUACCUGCGUUAGUUUGAACUUUUUUUGUAGCUUGUGGGAACAUGAAAUGCUAGUUUAGAUACUAAGAAAAUGAAACCUGUUUAAGAGCCUCUUAGAGUCAUCUUGUAUUUUGAGGAGAUAUGAGUGAAUAUUUGCACUUUGUUUUGUAUUAUGGGUGAAAUCUUACUUUAUUCUGCCCUUUAGAGAGCGGACUACAACUCAUGUAAACAUGUUUGCUGUGAUGUGGUUGUAGGUAUUUAUUUUGUCUUUCGGGACAGCUUGGAGCUAAAGGUGCUUUCCAUGUGUUUGUUUUGUUAAAGUUCCUAACUGUCACUCUGACAUACUGAUUGUUUUUAUCAAGCUCAACUUUCUUCUUCCUUCUUACAGAAGGAAUAUCUAAUACAUAGUUCUGUUGUUUUAGGCCUUAUUCUAUUUAAAAAUGUCUCUUAAAGAAAAGCAGGUCUUCUCUUUGAAACACUGAUUUUUAUAUUUUGAACCUUUUGUUAUUUUGGACUUUCCAACUAAUUAAACUUAAAUUUGAGGCAAAAUGUUUCCAGACAAUUGCUUCUCAGAUAAAGUUCAUUUGCAAAUGAUUUCAGUGUGUUUGCAUCAUUUAUUCAGUGACUAACAUCUGUGCUGCAGUUCAGCCUUGUGUUGUUGUGUUAUCAUCACAGGUCAGCAAUGUUGUUCAAUUCACAGAGGUCAUCCACAUGAAAACAUGCCGACCUGAGCUGUUUGUUAGAUUAGCUCAGCGUGACAACAGUGCUUCAUCCAACAGCAGUACAGCAGGGGCUGAUUUACACAUUCAUUUAUGUCUGUACUGAAGUAAAAAACGUGUUACAGAUUUGUUUCACUAAAAGUGAAAUCUCAGCUGUUAUUGGAGGAUGCUUUUACUGAAGGACAAGAUUUACCUCCCAAUGCUCUGUCACCUCACCUUAUUAUUAUUUUUUAUUUUUUUUUAUUAUUUAUAUUAAUUUUUUUUUUACUUAAAACCGUUUUCUAAUCUUGUCUCCCUGCCCCCCCCCAAAAGAAAU